GGCGGCUCUUCGCGCCAUGGUGCGGCGCGGCCGGCGGCGGCGACGGCGGCGGCAGCAGCACCACCAGCAGCAGCGGGGGGUAGCGGCGGCGGCGGCGAGCCGCGGCGAGAAACAGAUACCCAAGGAUGUGGCUGACGUUUUUAAUGCCCCCAGUGACAAUGAAGAUUUUCUGGGGUUCCAAGAUGAUGCUUCCAGACAGAGGUUGUUGUCAGAGGACGGCUAUACUAGUUUUGAUUCCCUGGAGUCAGGAAAAAAGGGGGUUCAGUUUCAGUCCAGAUACCUCACUGAAGAACUGCGGAGGAUUUUCACUGAAGACACUGACUCUGAAACAGAAGUGUUUGAAGGCUUUGCUUCAAGUGAGGUGGAUGUGAACAAGAAAGGAGUUCUGGCGAUGGAGUCGAACUUGAGUGAUGAAGAACGUGAUAAUUUAUUGGGUAGUGAGGAAGAAGAGAAUGAAGAGGCGAAUAAGAAAGUUUCCCCCAAGAGAAGAAGCUUUGGCCUUCGUGUUGCCUUGCAGUUUCCCACCAGAAAGUCAUCUGAGAAAAAAGUGCCUGAACAGGCUUUUUCUAACUUACCUCUAAAGGACAGUGAAUCCCUCACACCUCUUUCAAAAGACAUAAGCUGCAAGCGGUGGGACAAACUAGAGGGCUCUGCUUCAGAGUCUGAAGAAGACAUUAAAGAAACACAGGAGGAAAGUUCCAGUGCUCUGCUUAAGAGAGCCAUGAAUAUUAAAGAAAAUAAAGCCAUGCUUGCCCAGCUGCUGGCAGAACUGAAUUCCAUACCCGACCUGUUCCCGGUGAAAACGCCCACCUCGACUCCUUUGAAACAGAAGAAGAUCCCAAGGAGGACAUUUUCUGAAGGCCAGAUAGCACGUCGCAUGAACCCAACCAGAAAUGCUCGUCCACCAGAAAAGUUUGCCUUGGAGAAAUUUACUGUGUCAGCUGUCAAAUUUGCAGAACACUUCCGUAGCUAUAGACAACAGAACCUCUUGAAGAAGAGACUCAGUGUGCAGGGGGAUUGUGGAGUACGCAAAAGGAGGAGAUCAUCAAAGUAUUCAUCUCACCGUCCAGUAGAGGAUAUUACUGAGGAGGACUUGGACAACAUUGCAAUCACUGUUAAAGACAAAAUCUAUGACAAAGUUCUAGGUAGUACUUGCCACCAGUGUCGACAAAAGACAAUUGAUACAAAGACAGUCUGUCGCAACCAGGGCUGUGGAGGAGUAAGGGGGCAGUUUUGUGGACCAUGUCUUCGAAAUCGAUACGGGGAAGAUGUGAAAUCGGCACUGCUUGAUCCAGCCUGGAUCUGUCCUCCUUGUCGUGGGGUGUGCAACUGCAGCUACUGCCGCCGGCGGGACGGGCGCUGUGCCACAGGCAUGCUCAUCCACUUGGCCAAGUUCUACGGCUACAACAAUGUCAAGGAGUACCUGGAAAGUUUACAAAAACAACUGGCGGAUGACAAUUGAGAACGCUGAACUCAAGCUGCGCCUGCAACUGGUUAAUAUGUUGACAAAUUUUGACUUCAAAAGGUUAUUACUAUGUUUUAUAUAAGAUAGAAUUGUAGAGUAUAGUGUAUGCAUUUCUAUGUUGGGAACUUUUUGAUUGAUGUGGUCUUAUGCAAAAGUUCUCUCAGGAAAAUGUUUUGGUAGAGAAAUCUACAUGCACAGACGUAUAGGUUAAGUGAAAUGGCACUCUUGAACCUUGAGUGGUUAAUUUUUAAUAGAGCUACACAACCACAUGAUGGAGAACUUGGUCAAUUUGAGCAAUAUUUUUAUUUAUAUAAUUGUGCAAGUUUGCAGAAAGGGUGUUUAACAGCUACCUGUAAAGCAUACUCUGUUUUUUAAAGAAACAAAACCCCCUUGUAUUCCAACUUGACUAUAAAGAUUCAGUUUUCCAACCCUUACUUUCUGAACCUACUCCUCCACCUGUAGUUUAUGGAACUUGUCCCUACAAAGAAGGGAAGGGUACUUUCAUCUGAAUGCCAUUAUAUUCCAGCCAAAGCUGAUGCAACCUACCACUGGGAGGGUGAUUUUUUUUUUUUUUUUAUUCCAAAGUGCAAUUAAUCACUGAAACAUGAAAAUGGAAGUGUGUUUUGUUAAAAAAAAAAAAAAAAAAAAAAAAAUUUAAUCAUCAUCCUAAUAAAAAAGAAUUGCGCACUAGCAGUUUUUGUAUGGUGUACCUGCUGCCUGAACCAACUACCUUACAGCAGUCAUAACUGGUUAACUGGCUUAAAUCACAAAGUUCAGAAUUAUUUUUUUUACAUACAGUUCAUACCUAGAUGUUUUUUUCAUAUGUACAACCAAGCUUUCAAACAACUUUAAAUGCAACAUGUUUGUAUUGCAGUAUGAUUAUGUUAAAAUUCUUGUAAGAUACACAUUUCAUUUUAUGUCGAGAGAAUAAAGAAUAAUCAAGAGGAGUAUUUUGUGAGUAAAAUUA